AUGACCACACUCCAGCUCCAUAGAGUUGGGGUAGAACCGGGAAGCCAUGCAGAACACGAAGGAUUAUUUUUCAGUCCCCUCAAACCGUCUAGCUACGCAACUGACUGCGUAUGACGUCAAGAAUGUCUCCUUCGUGUUGUAUUAAGUGGGUUACGAGUGACUGUGCACGAUGUAUUGAUAAAAGCAGUGCUAGCUUCAGAUCUCUCAACAGCUUGGGGGGAUCUCGGAUGACUGUUUGAGAAGGAUAAGGUGUUGAGAACUAAGAAGCCAAAGUAACUGAUUCAUAUGCAAGCUAACGAGGUGGAGGAGGAUGGAUCAUCGGGCGUUUUCUUGUGUAGAACACACUCGAGCUCCAUUGAGAUCUUUCAGGAGAGUUAGCAGUAAAUGGGGUACAACUCAUCUGCCAGGUCCGGUGAUCCAUGACAAGUUUUAGAAUGUACUUAAAGCAGCACGUAUAAAUUUUCUAUUUAAUGAAUACUAUCCUGAUAUUUAAAUGAAUACAUGAAUCAUAUCCGUGGAUUUGUAAUUUUCAUAAUUACUGCCGAAGUAGAGACUGGGUGGAGAAGUAUUAAAGUCAAAAAUUCAACGGUGGCAGGCAGCAUUUACUCCUGGGGCCCUAGUUCUGUUUAACCAGGUGGAACAAUUGUACAGGGGUUUCACAUGCUGCCAUGUCGAUUGAUUGGACACCCUACAUGAUUACAAGCAUUCUCUCCGUUGGGUGCAAUUUCUUCAUUUCUGCUAACGCUUGCCAGGGCGAUCUUCACCGUGCUCUCCUACGAGGAGUCCACUUUGACACAAACUCGACCCUUUGCUUAACAACUGUGCUGCUGAGGUCCCCUUCAAGGAGAUCGAUUUGCGGUCAACCUGUUGAGGACAGAUCAAUGAAAUAAUCGGGAUCUGAUCAUCGUGCCCAAAAGUUUCCGAUCUGAUUUUAAGGGGAUUUCAAUAGAAGAGUUGUUCAGUUGGAUCCCCCUUGUCUGUCGCCGUUUGCACUGUCAUCAACGUUGCUGCCACAGUCCCGGGGUCACCCUGGUGGCUUUGCAAAGUCCUUUCUGUCUACUAUUUCGAGGACCGCAGGCACUAAUCCGCGGCUACUGCAGGUCGUCGUUGCCGAUAAUUUCAUCAUGUGAUACUUUACUAAAGUGAUAUAUCAUUAAAAAAAAAAAAUUAAAUUCCAUCCCAAAUUAAUCUAAUCCUCUACACUUUUAAAUACCUUAUUUGGGUCUUUUUCUCGACCAAAUUAGGAUUUUGUACAGAAUGUUUGAUCUGAAGCUCGAUCUAAUCCUGUACAUCUUAGGUCCUGUAUGCUCUUGGAAGAGGAGGUAGAAAGAACCAUUGAUGCAUCAUAUUCCGCGCUCCUCUUGUUUCUUAGAAUCUACCAAUUUUAAUUGAUUUCACAUGAAUAUUGCUAUAUUAGAUCGGACUCAAUGCCGGGUGGGGCCUGCCCUUGACCUAAAGGUCCGAAUCUUUACGGUGAGUUAUUCACUUGCAUUCAAAUAUUAGGAGCCUUCUAUUUAUUUCGCUGACCCGGAUGAGAUCCUUCAGCGAGAUCAACCUGUACUUUUCCUCCUCACUCUCAUAAUCUUAACUAUACGUCCGGGUGGGAAGAUUUAAGGGCAGACAUCGGUGGUCAGCGUUUAAGACACGUGUCUUCGUGAAGCAUUUUUUAUUUCAUAUAGUUUUGAAAAUAAGCACUGCACUUUGUGCGAAGCCACAGCACCGAGGCAUCUUCAAUUGGCAAUCCAGCUCAAGAAGGAUUGGACAAUGACUUGUGCGGAGCAGUUUGUGAUACUUUCCAAGAGAACUUUUAGAGAGAGAUGCUCAGAUUACUUAGACAAGCUUAGACUGCUUCAAGCUAUUGGCGUUGCAGUUCUCUUAGGCCUCCUUUGGUGGAAAUCCAAGAUAGAAACUGAAGCCCAGCUUAGAGAUCAGGUGACAAACACUAAAUCUCUCUCUGACCCUUUUACUCUUAAUUUCGAAGCUUCUUGAGUUUACAAUGCCCAAUGUUCUACAUUCCGAAGUUUCCUCUGAUUCUUCAAUCGCUCGGAAAUUUGACUUCUUUCAAGUACCUAUAGUUGCGAAUACUUUCCGUAUCAUAUCAGAAUAUCAUUUCAACCAGAGGGAUGCUGGGAUGGAGCAUUGGACUUAUGAUCAGAUUCGCUGUUUCAAAUGUAUCGAUAAUUGAUCGGUAAGAAAUUUGGAUCGAUGGUGCCAAUCUCAAUCAGACCUCGGAUCGAUUAAGGAUUUUACCUCAUAAAUGCCCUAAACUCUCAUUGGAUACGAACACACAAAUAUGAUUUGUGGAAUUAGACCAGGUUGUAUGUUUCUCGAUUUAAUACUCUAAAAGUCGUUAUUUUUGUCUCGAUUUUGACAUCGGAUAUUAGAGAACUAUGGUGCUCGUCUUAAUAGAAGUCUAUGUCUGGCGGUAUUAGCCAAUGCAAUUAGUCUUCAUAAGACUAUCGUAAACUCCCAUCGAUCAAACUUUAUUGAAGGUAAACUUCUCCUUAGGCCGAUUAUUAUGUCUCUAAAACCGUCAUCAAAAUCAAUUUUCCUGAAGGUUCAAGAGAUCCAUACCUUAGAGGAAGUGUGGUCAGCUGCGGAAAUCUUUUAUAACAUGUCAUGACGAUCUAAAUGGGCGGAAAUGGGAGGGCUGUCUUGCUGACCCUUUGCUGUUUUGAGUGAAGAACAGAGAUAGCAGGACGUCUAGUAGAUCUAAUAUUUCGCCACUUUUAUUCCUCCGUACUUCUUUUGGAAAGAGCCUUUUGUCAGAUCACCAUUUCCUCAAUCUGGAAUAAGAUUUGUAAUUGAUAAAAUCCCUACUGAGUACGGAUACGGACUAAAUCCCACUAUUUAUUCUAUCUCUGGAUCUGAGGACCUCCCUCUUCUUGAUUCAGAUAGGUCUGAUGUUCUACAUCUGCAUAUUCUGGACGUCAGCAUCCCUCUUUGGGGCGGUGUACGUCUUCCCGUAUGAGAAGUCAUACCUUGUGAAGGAGAGGAAGGCGGACAUGUACAGGCUCAGUGUGUACUACGUGUGCAGUACCCUCUGCGACAUGGUGGCUCACGUUUUCUACCCCACUAUCUUCAUGGUCAUCAUCUACUUCAUGGCUGACUUCAAGAGGACCGUUCCUUGCUUCUUCUCGAUGUUAGCAUCGGUGCUCCUUAUUGUGAUCACAAGCCAGGUAAAAUCUGAAUUAGGUCUUUGCUCUAUUUAUUCUCAAUCCGUUCUUCCAUGUGAAGGUGAUUUAGGGUUUGAGAAUAGGUCACAAAAAGAGUGUCCGAGGUGUUUUUAUCCCCGAAUAUGGUUUACGGUUAGUAGCUUAUGAUUUUACAUCUGUAAACGACUUCAUUUCAGUAAAAUCCUCCGCAUUUGAUCUCCUUUUACCUGCCCGGGAUGGCGAUUAUGGUUUAAAAAGAGUGCUGAAAGUGACCUUAUAUCUGGACAUGUUUAGGGUUUAAGGUCCAAGGUUUACCUCUGUGUGGACUUUAUGUUGAGAAGAUCCUGUACCAUUAUCUCUGCUCAUCUUUUUAGGGUCUGGGCUUUGAGGUGGUGGCCGCAGGCUAAGUUUGCAAUCCUUGAGAUGUCUCAUGAAUCUGUUUGGCCAGUUCAAAAUUAGCAAAUUUAUACGAAAAGAUCACGAUGCCCUUUGACUUGAUCCCCAUGCCCAGGGAGCUGGGGAGCUCUUCGGUGCCGCCAUUCUCAGCAUAAAGAGAGCCGGGCUCAUGGCCUCCCUGGUCCUCAUGCUCUUCAUCCUCACCGGCGGCUACUACGUUCAGGUGAUCCCUUCAUCUCCUCCUCCCAACCAGUUAUUCCCAGAAUCCAAACGGGCCCUCCGAUGGCGUUUCUUCUGUUUUCCGUUCACGCAGCACAUCCCCAUCUUCAUGCGGUGGCUCAAGUACGUCUCCUUCAUGCACUUCGGCUUCCGGCUCAUGCUGAAGGCGCAGUACUCCGGCGACGAGCCGUACGAGUGCGGGGGUCCGGGGGGCUGCCGGCGAUUGCAGAGCUCGCCGUCGUUCGACACCGUGAACCUCGCCGGCGGCGUGGAGGAGGUGUGGAUUCUCCUGGCCAUGGCGCUGGCCUACCGCCUGCUGGCCUUCUUCUGCCUCCGCCGGAGGAUAAGCGCCGCGCCCUGUUGA